AUGACGGCCGACAACAACACGGCCGAGGACACUGCCGACGCUGUCCUGGACGCCGCCAUGCGCGGCGACGCUGAAGCGCUCGCAGCCCUGCUCGCCGGCGGCGCCGACCCAAACGCACGCGACGGUCGCCACGCCAUGCCGGCGCUGCACUGGGCGUGUGCCUCCGACGAGGCGAAGUGUGUCGAUGCUCUGCUGUGCGAUGGGCGGACAGACGUCAGUGCGAAGAGCGCACAUGGCAUGAGCGCGCUCCACGUGGCCGCGUCGUCGAAUGCACUGACGUCCCUCUUGCGUUUGCUCGCAGCCGGCCUCAGCGUGGACCAGCGCAACGAGUGGGAAGAGACACCACUGCACGUGGCCGUGGCGGGUGACAGCAGCUCCUGCGUGGCCGCACUCCUCUCCGCCGGUGCCUCCGCUUUCGCAGUCGACCGUUGGGGCCGCUCCGCCUCGGCUGUCGCCGAGCAGCAAGGGUCGAAUCCCGCCCGCUUCGGUCUCCCGGACGCCGAGUCGCUGCCCAAAAGAGCCACGAGGUCUGUCGAAGGCGCGGCCGCUGCAGUGGAGCCGGACCACGCCGCGUUCGCUAGUAUGCGAGUGGCUCUGGCAAACGACCUCGCCGAGGCAAUCGCCGACAGGCGGGCAACGGCGGGGCGCAGACCCGCUCUCAGCAAGCUCGUCGAGUGGCCUGGCGACGAGGCCGAGGUGGCGCGGCUCCUCGCCUGCGGCAGCGUGGAGCCGGCGGGCAGGGACGCGUUUGGGCUCUCUGCGCACCACAAGUUCUGCAGCGUCGCAGCGACUUCACUCGCCGCCCUUAGGGUGCGUGCGCUGCGCCUGCUCAUCGAGCGCUGCGGCGAGUCGCGCCUGAGGCUCGAGGCGACGGCGCGCGAUUCGGCGGGCCGCACCGCGCUGGAGAUCGCGAUCGAGCGGGGCCACGGUGCGGCGGCAGCGUUGCUUCAGAAGCUGCAGGACCGAGAGGAGGCGUGGGGCUUGACACCUCGAGCUCACGGAUGUGCGCAAGCGGUGCGGUAG